GUCGCUCUGCCCGCAGCCGCGUCUCUUUGCCAGGGGGGCAGCCAAGAUGGAAGAAAUCCUGAGGAAGCUGCAAAAGGACGCGUCGGGGAACAAGCACAGAGCGAUCAAGGAGAGCUGCGGCUGGGCCAUUGAAACUUUGGAAUCUUCAGACACUGCUGUUACCAAGAUCCCUCCAUAUCAGCUGAGGGAGAAGUGUCUCCUUCCACUGCAGCUUGCUUUGGAAUCAAAGAAUGUGAAGUUGGCCCAACAUGCUCUAGCAGGGAUGCAGAAGCUGCUAUCUGAUGAGAGAUUUGUAUCCAUGGAAAUAGGCGCCGAUGAGAAGCAGCUACUAAAUCAGAUGCUGAAUGCUGUCAAAGUGACUCCUCUUCUGAACGAAGACCUGCAGGUAGAAGUGAUGAAGGUUUUGCUCUGCAUCACGUACACCCCCACAUUUGACCUGAAUGGAAGUUCAGUACUAAAGAUUGCUGAGGUUUGCAUUGAGACAUAUGUAUCUAGCUGUCACCAGCGGAGUAUUAACACCGCUGUGCGGGCAACCCUCAGCCAAAUGUUGAGUGACUUGACUUUACAGUUACGGCAAAAGCAAGAGAAUACGCAGACAACUGAGAACCAUGAAGCCAUGCAGCAGUUCAAGAGCCAAGGUUCUACAGUAGAGUCCCUUUGCGAUGAUGUUGUAUCUGUCCUCACUGUGCUCUGUGAGAAGCUUCAGGCUGUCAUAAAUGAAAAUCAGCAACUGCAGCUUCUUUACCUGGAAUGUAUUCUCUCAAUGCUAAAUAGUUCUUCUCCCAGCAUGCACGAUCACAGAGGAUUCACUGACCUUAUUUGGAAGCAAUUGUGUCCAGCCCUUGUUGUAAUCCUGGGAAAUCCAAUCCAUGACAAAACAAUCACUUCUGCUCACAGUAGCAUCUAUCUUGAGGCCGAUUCGCCCUCCUUGGGGGUCGCUGAUCAUGGUCGAGGCUCAGGUUGCUCCUCCACAGCACCUGCCCUCAGCGGCCCUGUUGCUCGGACCAUAUAUUACAUUGCAGCAGAACUGGUUAGAUUGGUGGGGUCAGUAGAGUCCAUGAAACCUGUGCUCCAGUCACUCUAUCACCGAAUGCUGCUAUAUCCCCCACCCCAGCACCGAGUGGAAGCCAUCAAAAUCAUGAAAGAGAUAUUAGGUAGUCCACGACAGCUAUGUGAUUUGGCAGGACCUUGCUCGUCUGAACCAGAAUCCAGAAAGAGAUCAAUCUCAAAAAGGAAGUCCCAUCUGGAUCUUCUCAAACUUAUCAUGGAUGGGAUGACUGAAGCUUGCAUAAAAGGUGGAAUUGAAGCAUGUUAUGCCUCAGUUUCUUGUGUCUGUGCCCUGCUUGGGGCAUUAGAUGAACUAAGCCAAGGAAAAGGCCUUAAUGAGGAACAGGUCCACCUGCUACUCCGACGCCUGGAAGAAUUGAGGGAUGGGACUGAGACAAGCAGAGACUCUAUGGAAAUCAAUGAUGCUGAUUUUAGGUGGCAAAGGCGUGUCCUGUCAUCAGAACAUACGCCCUGGGAAUCAAGAAACGAGAAGAGUCCUGACAUUAGCAUUAGUGUUACCACAGAUACUGGGCAAACCACUUUGGAGGGAGAUAUGGGGCAGACUACUCCAGAGGAUAACCCUGAGGAUCAAAAAAACUCACUGCAGUCUCCAGCCAGCCAAGACUUUAAAGAGAUUGAGUGUAAAGAGUCGGAGUCAGAAACAAUAGACCAGCCAGAUGUGGUUCAAAGGAGUCACACCAUCGUUUAUCCAGAUAUAACUAAUUUCCUGUCCGUUGACUGCAGGACACGGUCCUAUGGAUCCAGAUACAGUGAAAGUAACUUCAGCGUUGAUGACCAAGAUCUUUCUAGGACUGAAUUUGACUCGUGUGAUCAAUACUCCAUGGCAGCAGAGAAAGACUCUGGGAGGUCAGAUGUCUCAGACAUAGGUUCUGAUAACUGUUCACUGGCUGAUGAAGAGCAGACUCCAAGGGACUGUCCUGGACAGAGGUCCUUGCGUACUGCUGCUCUCUCUUUGAAAUUAUUGAAGAACCAAGAAGCAGACCAGCACAGUGCCCAGCUGUUUGUACAGUCCCUUGAAGCCCUUCUUCCUCGACUAAUAACUCUCCACCGUGUAGAGGAGGUGGAUUUAGCGCUCCAGAAUUUUGCCUCGACCUUCUGCUCAGUUAUUCACCUUAUCUACGCCCCCCAAGUGACGUCAAUGGAAAGUCCAAGAAGGCAGCAGCACAGAACUGUCAAACCCUCACGAGAUAUGAUGUUCUCACCAGGAUUUGAGGGGAACCCCAAUUUCAGCUUCCAGACUGUGAUGAAUGCAGACAGUAUCUACAUGGUCUCGCAUUAUGCCCUUCUUCUCAACCUGAAAUUGAACAACUCAGACUACUACAGGAAGAAACCUGCCCAAGCACCUGUGUCCCUGAAAGAGUUUAUGAAGCAGGUUCAGUCCAGCGGAGUAUUGAUGGUGUUCUCUCAGGCAUGGGUUGAGGAGCUCUACCAUCAGGUACUGGAAAGGAACAUGCUGGGAGAGGCUGGUUACUGGGGAAGCCCUGAGGAGCACAGUCUUCCACUCAUCACCAUGUUGACCGUGUUGCAUGCAAUAUGUUUACAUGAGGCGCAUACAAACAUUGAUGGAUUGGGGAGCAGUGCUAUAGGUGGGCAGCUGAUGGCAUCUGCAUCAACACAAUCUCCUCUCACCCAGAAUCAGAAGAUGGAUGAUUCUAUUGUGGCAGGUGUUGCUUUUGCUCGAUACCUUCUGAUUGGCUGCUGGAAGAAUUUGAUUGAUACCUUAUCCACGCCUUUGACUGGCCGCAUGGCAGGAAGCUCCAAAGGGCUAGCAUUCAUCCUGGGAGCUGAAGGAGUCAAGGAGCAGAACCAGAAGGAGAAAGAUUCUAUUUGUAUGAGCCUGGAUGGACUGAGGAAGGCAGCCCGGCUGAGCUGUGCUCUAGGGGUUGCUGCUAAUUGCGCAUCUGCCCUUGCCCAAAUGGCUGCUGCCUCCUGUGUUCAAGAAGAGAAGGAGGAAAGAGAAGCCCAAGAGCCCAGUGAUACUAUAACUCAAGUGAAACAGAAGGUGGAGCAGAAGCUGGAGCAGAUGGGGAAAGUGCAGGGAGUCUCCUUGCACCCUGCUCAUGUUUUGUGCAUGGAUGCCAUCCUCAAUGUCGGACUGGAAAUGGGAAGCCACAAUCAAGACUGUUGGCCUCAUGUGUUCAGGGUGUGUGAAUACAUCAGCACUCUAGAGCACACCCAUUUCAGCGAUGGCGCAUCUCAGCCCCCUCUCACUAUAACCCAAUCGCAGCAGGCCACAGCCGGGCUGCAAGUGGAUUAUCCGUCUGCACACUCUUCCAAGGAACUGACACCCGAGAAGGACACCACGCUGAGCAACAAUCCCGUCAUCCAGCCCGUCUCCAUUCAAGACCUCAUCAAGGAGAGUACCAAAGGCAGAGGCUUCGACUUUCGCGGAGGUAGCCUGUUAAGUGGAAGCAAUGCCGCCAAGGCUGUCCUCACCCUCUCCACUCAGGCUGACAGGCUAUUUGAAGAUGCUGCUGACAAGCUAAACCUGAUGGCACUGGGUGGCUUCCUAUACCAGCUCAAAAAAGCUUCUCAGUCCCAGCUCUUUCAUUCAGUCACAGAUACAGUGGAUUAUUCCUUAGCAAUGCCAGGUGAAGUAAAGUCUACCCAGGACAGGAGAAGUGCACUCCAUUUAUUUCGUCUUGGGGAUGCCAUGCUCAGGAUUGUACGGAGUAAAUCCCGCCCAUUGCUCCAUCUCAUGCGUUGCUGGAGUCUGGUAGCACCUCAUCUAGUAGAGGCCGCCUGUCAUAAAGAGAGACAUGUUUCUCGGAAGGCUGUCUCCUUCAUCCAUGAUAUCCUCACCGAGGUGCUGACAGACUGGAAUGAGCCACCCCAUUUUCACUUCAAUGAGGCGCUGUUCCGUCCAUUUGAGCGUAUCAUGCAGCUGGAGCUGUGUGAUGAGGAUGUCCAGGAUCAGGUGAUCACAUCCAUAGGAGAGCUGGUGGAGGUGUGUUCCAUUCAGAUCCAGUCUGGGUGGAGGCCCUUGUUCAGUGCACUGGAAACAGUCCACAGCAGUAGCAAGUCUGAGCUGAAGGAGUACCUUGUUGGAGAGUAUUCUAUGGGGAAAUGCCAGGCUCCAGUUUUUGACGUCUUUGAAGCAUUUCUCAACACAGACAACAUCCAGGUCUUUGCCAAUGCCGCCACUAGUUACAUUAUGUGCCUUAUGAAGUUUGUCAAAGGAUUAGGAGAAGUGGAUUGUAAGGAGAUUGGUGAUUGUGUGUCAGGAUCUACAUCUACGGACUUGUGCCUUCCCGCUCUUGAUUACCUCAGGAGGUGUUCACAGUUGCUAGCCAAAAUCUACAAAAUGCCCUUGAAGCCAAUUUUUCUCAGUGGCCGGCUGGCCAACCUGCCCCGAAGAGUCCAGGAGCACUCAGCCAGCAGCGAGGAUGGCAUUGAGUGUGUCCUUUCUGACUUUGAGGAUGACACUGGUCUUAUCAAUGUCUGGAUCAUUCUACUGGAAGAAUUAACUACUGCUAUAUCCAACUGUCCCCGCCAGCACCAGCCACCCACCCUGGAUUUACUUUUUGAACUGCUGAGAGAUAUUGCCAAAGUUCCUGGCCCAGGAUUUGGCAUUUAUGCGGUUGUACAUCUUUUACUCCCCACAAUGUCCCUCUGGCUCCAUCGUAGCCAUGGUGACCAUUCUUACUGGGAUGUGGCAUCAGCUAAUUUCAAGCAUGCCAUUGGCCUUUCCUGUGAACUAGUAGUAGAGCACAUUCAAAGUUUCAUACAUUCCGACAUUGGCUAUGAGAAUAUGAUUAAUACCAUGCUAAAAGAUCUCUUCAAGUUGUUGGUAGCCUGUGUGGCAGAGCCUACAGAAACAAUCUCCAGAGUUGGCUGCUCGUGUAUCAGGUAUGUCCUAGUGACAGCAGGGCCUGUUUUUACUGAAGAGAUGUGGAGGCUUGCAUGCUGUGCAUUACAGGACGCCUUUUCUGCGACUCUUGAGCCAGUAAAGAACCUAUUGGGCUAUUUCCACAGUGGUUCUGAAAGCUUUAGUGGUGAUGCCUGUGAAGUGAAGGUGGCGGCCCCAUCUCUCUCUCCCAGUGCCGAAGCUGAGUACUGGAGAAUCCGAGCCAUGGCACAGCAGGUUUUCAUGUUAGACACUCAGUGCUCACCGAAGACCCCAAACAACAAGGAGGGAUUUGAACAUGCACAGUCCUGUGUGCUUAUCAUUGACCUGCCCCCUGACAAGAAACCCAAUGGGCACACCCAGAAAAGUAUCCCUUUCAGGACAAUAGUGGUGAGUCUGUUGUCUCAUCAAGUGCUGCUCCAAAAUUUGUAUGAUAUCUUGUUGGAAGAGUUUGUGAAGGGCCCCUCUCACAUAGAUGACAAGACAAUACAAGUGCCAGAAAACAAACUGGCUGGCUUCCUCAGGUACAUUUCCAUGCAGAAUUUGGCUGUCAUCUUUGACUUACUGCUGGAUUCCUAUCGGACAGCCAGAGAGUUUGACACACGGCCUGGGUUGAAGUGCUUGCUGAAAAAAGUGUCUGGCAUUAGUGGAGCUGCCAACUUGUAUCGCCAGUCAGCAAUGAGCUUUAACAUUUACUUCCAUGCCUUGGUCUGUGCUAUACUGACAAACCAGGAGAACAUGACUGCAGAGCAGGUGAAGAAGAUCCUGUUUGAGGAUGACGAAAGAAGCACAGACUCUUCCCAGCAAUGCUCUUCAGAAGAUGAAGACAUUUUUGAGGAAACUGCCCAAGUCAGCCCCCCAAGAGGGAAGGAAAAGAGACAAUGGAGAGCUAGAAUACCAUCUUUGAGUGUUCAGCCGGUGAGCAAUGCAGACUGGGCUUGGUUAAUCAAAAGGCUUCACAAGCUAUGCAUGGAACUCUGUAACAACUACAUCCAAAUGCAUCUGGACUUGGAGAAUACUGUGGAGGAACCUCCAGUUUUCAAAGGGGACCCUUUUUUCAUCCUACCAUCCUUUCAAUCUGAAACCUCCACCCCAUCAACCGGAGGGCUGUCUGGAAAAGAUACACCUUCAGAAGAUGACAGAAGUCAAAUUAGGGACCACUUAGACAAUCUGACUCCCAGGGGAGGGACUGGAGAAAUGCUGGUACUCCCACCAUUGAGCCCUAAAAUAGAGAAAAAAGACCAAGCCAGGAAAAAAGAAUGGUGGGAGAGUGCUGGCAACAAAAUCUACACAAUAGCCACUGAUAAAACUAUCUCCAAACUCAUGACAGAGUAUAAGAAAAGGAAGCAGCAGCAAAGCUUGACUUCUUUCACCAAAGAUGUCAAAGUGGAAAAGAAGGGAGAGUUCCUGGGCUCGAGGGGGCAGGAUUCACCACUCCCCCAGCGACCGCAGCAUCUGGUGGACCAGGGCCAAAUGAGGCAUUCCUUCAGUGCUGGCCCAGAGAUCUUGAGGCAAGAGAAGCGACCACGCUCAGGAUCUACAGUCAGCUCCCUGAACAUAUCUGUGCGAGAUGCAGAGGCACAAAUCCAGGCAUGGACUAACAUGGUGCUGACAGUUCUCAACCAGAUUCAGACCCUGCCAGACCAAAUAUUCACAGCCCUCCAGCCAGCCGUGUUCCCCUGUAUCAGUCAGCUCACUUGUCACGUGACCGACAUCCGUGUCCGUCAGGCUGUGAGAGAAUGGCUGGGAAGAGUGGGAAGGGUCUAUGAUAUCAUUGUGUAAAAGGAAAUUUUCAUUAACAAGAGAAGAAGGAAUCCAAGGCUUUUACAGAUAUACAAACAAUACCGUUUCUGAAAGUAACAGGGAUGGAGCUACACAUACAUUGCCCAUUGGUGGUGAUAAAUUCUGAAAUAACAGGCUCUUCAUGUCCCCUACCCACUUAAGAUUGUGUGUGUCAGUCUCACACUAACAAAGGAUGCUCUACAGUUCACAUUAAGUAGCAUGAAAUGAAACCAAGUGAUGAAUCUGAAAAUUGUUAGUAAAUCAGGCUGAUAUAUAAUGGCUCAGUAAAUGUCAUAUUAGGUAUUUUCAUCUGUGAACGGUAGGACUGUGUAUGAAUGCUUCUGAAGUGAGGAAAAAAUAGAUGGAGAAGAACAUCUGUGUGGAUGGAGUUGAGGUGAAAGCAACUGUAUUCACUAAAUGGAUCUCACGUGACUCUUUAAUUCCCAAGAUUUAGGACCAAAAUUAUCAGACUGGUCUUACAUGGCCUCCAUUUUUUGAACCUGUAAUAUUAUGGACCCCAGUAAUUGAAGGUUCAGAGGAUUCAAUAAUUGGUGGAUAGAGAUGGCACUUUAAGUACAAGAGUUGAUUGUUGUGCUUGAAAGCCCAGUUUGUAGACAAUUGGAUCACCUAAGUCACACAUUUAGAUAACGGAAUAACUGUGAGGAAAAAGGUAAGGGUACAAAAAGGGAAGCCAGAGGGAAGUGGUUGGUUGGUUGCUAGUGGUACUCUUUAUAUUUUCCAUUUGAAACCAAAACACAGAUCUGGGAAAACAGACACCCUAAGGAUUCUUACAUAUCCAAACGUAGUACUGCCCUCGCUGCUUAGUAGUCAUUAAAAUUUUAAGCCUGGGGCUGUGUGUGGCUGCUUUUCAUUGUACCUUAGGAAGAUCCCUGCUGUAAACCAGACAAAGGAAAAAGUCAGCUCUGCGUAAGAGAGGCUACUGUAGCACAGCCUUGGGAUAGUGGGCACUUUUUUCUGCUAACAUAUUUGGUAUGGCUUGAAGAAAGGUGGAAUUGCCAGGUCUCCUCUCCAACCUACUAUCAGCCACACAUACAGCACAAUCCUCUCCACCAAUCCACAGUGCAGACACUAUUCCAUUCAUUCCACAUCCGUUACUCCCACUGAGGUCAGUGGUAGUUCUGUGAAGAAUAUGCACUAGUGAGUUAAAUUACAAUCUGCAAAACAGAAUUGAGGCAAACCCUCGCAUUCAAUCACACAUGAUGGGAAUACUAUACGAUAUACAUCAGCGCCUUAUACAUAGAAUUGGCUUGCAUGUUGUCACAUAAGAAGGUAGUCUCAUGUGUGCACCCUGUUUGCUGUAGCUCUGUGGAUCCCCGUCAUUUGCAGCUAUAUAUACACACAUCCCUCUUUCCCCACCUGUACCACUUGUUCACAGGAGUCAAAUUGGAAAAGAGCUGGCAGUGUUACCCUCAGCUGGUCAGAAAAGGUGCCUCAGACUGAGUUCCCUGCACCCUCAGCUUGAGCAGAGUUCACCAGUGUAUAGUUUCUGCCUUUACUGGUGUACAACAAUGCAAAUGCUCCUCAUUUCAAAAAAAAUGAACCUCAGCCAGCAAGAACAUGUUGAUUCUGCAAGGAACCCCAUUGGAGUGGCACACCUUUUAAAUAUAGCACAAGGUUCUCCUGUGCUGAUUUUACAGGAUCGGGGUCUACGUUUCUGAUAAACUCUUAGUACUUUGGAAUAAUUUCAUGAAUAAUUUGUGUAGAAAGCUUGAUGAGGCACGAUGAACUCCAGCAAAAAAAGCAAACGCAUGCUAAUUCUCCAUUAUGCUACGGCUCAGAUAGGUUUACAGAGGGAAGAAAUGGCCCCCUGAUGGUAGCCCCUCUCUAACCACUGUAGAGGUAAUACAAGAGCUCUCCCCAUAUCUUCCUCCCAGUCAUCUAGUGUGCGGGGCAGGAUCAGGGACAUGUCUGGAUUGCACAAUGCUAUGGCCAGUUCCUGCUUCACAUGUCCUGAUUGAAGGAAUAGAGUGUAAGUUACACACCAGGGGUCCGGCGCACAGCUGUAAAACCUAAAAUGUGGGGCAUACAAAGGUGGAUUAAAGCUACUGUUGUCCUCCCUCUCCCGCCAUCCAUGUAACAGAGGGCUGGUCCACAUGGUAAGUUAGAUUCACACCCUCUGCACUACAACCCACACCAACUUGCUAUACUGCCUGUGUUUUUUCCUAUCUGCUUGCAAGCCAAGGUGUCAUGCUACAGUAUUCUCUGCUUACUUAAUCACACAAUUUGCUGGACAAAAAUAUAUUUACAAAAA